ACGGUGACUGCUCAAAAGACAUCCAAUCAGCCAAGAGAACAGUGUGUGAGACACGGAGAAGGAGAGAAAGAUUGAGAAAAGGGAAGCCUAAACCUCCUGUUGCAAUUUGUCUGUCUGUCUGACGGAAGAAGGAAAAGAAAUUGCUACAGUUUUUAUUUGGUCAUGUUGCCCCAGUGUGAGAGAGCACGGAGUAUAAGUGGGAGUCCAGAAGGGCCUUAUCGGGCGAUAGAAAGUGUGGACGCUCUCGUUGCACAGGGCUUUGAGGGCAUUGACACGCUGGAUAAGCUUUUUCUGCAUGCUGUAAAGAAAUUCAGUCACGCGCCCUGUCUGGGUACCAGAGAAGUUCUUAGUGAAGAAGAUGAAACGCAACCAAACGGGAAGAUCUUUAAGAAGUUGGUCUUGGGAAACUACAGCUGGUUGAGCUAUGAAGAUCUCAACCAGGCAGUGGAGAGGUUCGGUAGUGGUCUGGCAGCUUUGGGUCAAAAGCCACGUCAAACUAUUGCCAUCUUCUGUGAGACGCGAGCCGAAUGGAUGAUCACAGCCCAGGCCUGCUUUAGACACAACUAUCCAUUGGUUACGUUAUAUGCUUCUUUGGGAGAGGAUGCUGUAGUUUACGGACUGAAUCAAUGUGGAGCGACUCACUUGAUCACCAGCACAGAGCUGCUACAGACCAAACUGAAGGGCACUUUGAGCGCGGUGCCUGGGUUGAAGCAUAUUAUAUAUGCAGGCAGUGGGAAAAUAUGUCAAGCAGAUUACCCACAAUCUCUCACCCUCCACAGAAUGCAGGAAGUGAUGGACCUCGGGGCAAAACCAGAGAAUGUAAAUGAAAAUUAUGAGCGGGCAGAUGCAUCUGAUCUUGCAGUAGUGAUGUACACCAGUGGGUCUACGGGGCGGCCGAAAGGAGUGAAGAUGCAGCACCGUAAUCUGAUUGCAGGACUGGCGGGUCAGUGCCAGCGGAUCCCGGGACUGGGGUCACAGGACACAUAUAUAGCUUAUCUUCCACUGGCUCAUGUGAUGGAGUUGACUGCCGAAAUAGCCUGUGUGUCCUAUGGCUGCAGGGUGGGAUACUCCUCCCCACACACGCUCACAGACCAGUCCAGUAAAAUAAAGGUUGGUGGUAAGGGAGAUUGCUCUGUGCUUAAACCCACCCUGAUAGCUGCAGUACCAGAGAUCAUGGACCGCAUCUGUAAAAGUGUAAAUGGUAAAUUGGCCGAAAUGUCAGUGGUUCAGCGGACACUGUUCAAAAUGGGAUACAACUACAAAAUGCAGCGGGUGUCACAAGGAGGCGAUUCUCCUGUGUGUAACAUGUUGUUGUUUAAGCGUGUGAGUUUAUUGCUGGGAGGCUGUGUGCGUCUAAUGUUAUGUGGAGGGGCUCCGCUGUCUGCUUCCACGCAGAGGUUUAUGAAUGUGUGUUUCUGUCCUGUCGCUGUGGGUUAUGGCCUUACAGAAACAUCUGGAGCAGGAACUAUCUCAUCAUUUUCUGAUUACACUACUGGACGAGUUGGAGCGCCUCUCAUUUGCUCUGAAAUCAAACUUCGAGAUUGGCCUGAGGGUGGAUACACCAGUCAGGACAAGCCCCACCCACGAGGAGAGAUUUUGUUUGGUGGACCGAAUGUUGCAGUGGGAUACUAUGGGGAUGAAGGAGAGGGCGUAAAUGACAACUUUUGGGUGGAUGAGGCGGGCCAGCGCUGGUUUUGUACCGGGGAUGUUGGGGAAGUUCAUCCAGAUGGUUGUUUGCAGAUAAUCGAUCGCAAGAAGGACCUGGUGAAGAUGCAGGCUGGUGAAUAUGUGUCUUUGGGAAAGGUAGAAGCUGCUAUCAAAAACAGCCCCCUCAUUGAUAACAUCUGCGUCUAUGCUAGCAGUGAUCAAAAAUACUUGAUCGGCUUUGUGGUGCCCAAUCAAAAGCAACUGACUGAGUUUGCCCAAAAAAAUGGCAUAGAGGGCGAAUGGGCGGAGCUUUGUAACCACAAGAUGAUGGAAGAAGAAGUAAUGAAAGUAAUCAGACAGAUUGCAGUCACCAGUAAACUGGAGAAGUUUGAGGUUCCACAGAAGAUCCUUUUAAGUUCAGAGGCCUGGACUCCAGAAACGGGACUGGUUACAGAUGCCUUCAAACUGAAGAGGAAAGAGCUGAAGCAACAUUAUAUAAAGGAUAUAGAGAGGUUAUAUGGGGAUAAAUAAUACACAUGGACCACACAUGUGCUGAAUUCCAGUUCGCAUCUUAUACUUUCCUUAUGUUACCCCAACUCCUUGAGCUGCACAGAAAUAUGCUGAUGUAUCAUUAUAUAUCAAGAUACAAUUUUAAUUUUAACAUCAUGAUACAUACUUAAAAGUAUAUAAAGAAGCCAAUUGGGAUUCAGCCUUUACACACAUUUAUUGCCCUGCUGAUCUGAGUAGAAACACCAUUCUGCCCCCUAAUGGAUGUACAUGGUCAUUACUUCCUCAUUGUGUACGACGUAUAAUGAGGAACUUUUCACAUAGAAGGUUUUAAAUGGGUACAUUUUUGUAUACGCAGUACUGUUGUACUUUUUUAUUUUUUGUAACAGUGCCUUUUUGUAAAUAUUUUGUGUAGUGUUCAACAAAUAUGGUACCAUUACUUGAAACAAGUGUUUUUGGAUUGUAAGUGGUAAGUGUCACACUAUUAAAAAAAUGAUUGAUGUAUAGUGUGAUUUCCAGAUACUGUAUAUUAUUUCUUGUGGUAACACACACACUUUACCCCUUCAAUUUAACUGGAAGGUGUGAAAACUGCAGGAAAUAUAUUUUGGUACAGAUUUUUUAUAUUAUUCCAUGAAGGGGAUGAAGGUUUUUAUAUUUUGUUUGUACAUUUCAUCUGUAAAUCUGGUGCACAUGCACACACGAGUCAAAGAGAUGAAUAAAUAUGUUCAUACCACCACA